UCCGCCCCGCCCCUGCCGCCGGCUCCGCGUGGGUGGCGGCCGCGCAGAGCGGAACCUCCGCGCCCGCAGAGCGGCGGGGCCGGGCCGGGCGGGGGCGGGGCGCGGAGGAGAGGCGCGGAGAGGCGCGGAGAGGCGCGGAGCGGAGCAUGUCGGCGCUGCGGCGGAAGCUGGGGGACGACUACCAGGUGGUGAGCACCGCGGCCAGCGGCGGGGGGCUGCCCCCCCCCCGCGCCGCCCCACGCGGGAAGCGCCAGCGCUUCGUGGACAAGAACGGGCGGUGCAACGUGCAGCACGGGAACCUGGGCGGCGAGACCAGCCGGUACCUCUCGGACCUCUUCACCACCUUGGUGGACCUCAAGUGGCGCUGGAACCUCUUCAUCUUCAUCCUCACCUACACCGUGGCCUGGCUCUUCAUGGCUUCCAUGUGGUGGGUGAUCGCCUACAUGCGUGGGGACCUCAACAAGGCCCACGAUGACAGCUACACGCCCUGCGUGGCCAACGUCUACAACUUCCCCUCCGCCUUCCUCUUCUUCAUAGAGACCGAGGCCACCAUCGGCUAUGGGUACCGCUACAUCACGGAUAAAUGCCCCGAGGGCAUCAUCCUCUUCCUCUUCCAGUCCAUCCUGGGCUCCAUCGUGGACGCCUUCCUCAUCGGCUGCAUGUUCAUCAAGAUGUCCCAACCCAAGAAGCGGGCCGAGACGCUGAUGUUCAGCGAACACGCCGCCAUCUCCAUGCGGGACGGCAAGCUCACGCUCAUGUUCCGCGUGGGCAACCUCCGCAACAGCCACAUGGUCUCGGCGCAGAUCCGCUGCAAGCUGCUCAAAUCCCGCCAGACCCCGGAGGGCGAGUUCCUCCCGCUGGAUCAGCUGGAGCUGGACGUGGGCUUCAGCACGGGGGCCGACCAGCUUUUCCUCGUGUCCCCGCUCACCAUCUGCCACGUGAUAGACGCCAAGAGCCCCUUCUACGACCUCUCCCAGCGCAGCAUGCAAACGGAGCAGUUCGAGAUCGUCGUCAUCCUGGAGGGCAUCGUGGAGACGACGGGGAUGACGUGCCAAGCCAGGACAUCCUAUACAGAGGACGAGGUGCUCUGGGGUCACCGUUUCUUCCCUGUCAUCUCCCUGGAAGAGGGGUUCUUUAAAGUCGAUUACUCCCAGUUCCACGCGACGUUUGAGGUGCCCACCCCGCCGUACAGCGUGAAGGAGCAGGAGGAGAUGCUGCUCAUGUCUUCGCCCUUGAUAGCGCCGGCUGUGAGCAACAGCAAGGAAAGGAAUAACUCGGUGGAGUGCCUGGAUGGUCUCGAUGAAGUUGGCACGAAACUACCUUCAAAACUGCAGAAAAUAACUGGGAGGGAAGACUUCCCCAAAAAACUGCUCAGGAUGAGUUCCACCACCUCCGAGAAGGCCUACAGCAUGGGGGAUUUGCCCAUGAAACUCCAGCGGAUCAGCUCGGUCCCGGGGAAUUCGGAGGAGAAACUGGUGUCUAAAACCACAAAGAUGACGUCGGAUCCCAUCAGCCAGUCGGUGGCCGACCUGCCGCCCAAGCUGCAGAAGCUGUCGGGCGGCGGCAGGAUGGAAGGCCACCUCCCCCCCAAACUGCGAAAAAUGAAUUCCGACCGGUUUACAUAACCCGCCGGGACUCCUGGCUGUCGCUGAGAGCUUGAACUGCUGCUGGCGAGGGCGGCGUGGGCAGGAGAGCGGGCCCUCCACCAGCCCCUGUGUGUGUGCUGAGCUCCGUGGUCCCCGGGGGGGGGGGGGGGGGGGGGCAGGAGCAUCCCCCCCCCCCGGGAGCGGCGGCUGCGCUGUAAGUACGAACGACGGGACGAUCGGCGAGCUGGUGUCCGUUGGCAUGUAGUAUCACAACGCGCAUGCAAUAAUAGUGUGCAAUUUUUGCAUAUAGUUUUACGGCAUGACUCCUACUAUAUUUAUACUGUAUAUUCUGGAAAAAUAUGGAGAGGGGCGUUCCUUUCCCCUGUAUUUCUUAAGAGUACGGAGUAGGUAAAACAUGCGAGUGGGUAACUUUCAGGGUAAGUUAUAAUUCGAUUUGAAAAUAUUUAUUUUUUUUUUUCCUGAUGUGGAUCGUGAUGUUUUGUUCGACAAAGUAGUUAUGGUGCAUGUCUUUUUUUCUUAAAAGAAGGUGUAUUAGUUAAUUCCUAACACCAAAUCUGCUAGCCUUAAAUUAACUGCUGGUUUCUAUUUUGCUUUAACGUUUUCUUGGGGUUUCUUUUCCUGCGUCUAGGCUACUGGAAAAAAACUAAAAUGUGUUUCAUAAGGCAUUGUUUAGAGAAGGAACUUGUAUUAAUAAGCCUAGGCAGAACAAUAAAUAAAUGAAUAAAAUUCACACUUUA